AUGUAUUACAAAGAAACAAGUGAAAAUACAUGUGAAAAGGGGCACGGCACUGCACGCGAGCAAAGUGGCAGAAGAGAGUCUGAUGCCUCUGGUGGUGUGCAAAAUGGAAGCACUUGCGGUUGGGAUAAUAACACUUUGCACUACACAAUUAAUAGAGAGAAAAUAACGGGCACCCCAGGUAUAAGCAGCAGAACAGAUGGAAGGGACACAAACCAGGAGAGAUCUAUUAGUGUGGCUGCUGGAAACGAAGGAAUGCUUUUGCGAAAGUAUCUGGCCCUGGGGAAGAAUAUAUUCUAUUCGUCAGCUGCCAUGAUAUACUGUGCUGUCGAGAUCAAAAGACCACAGCAAGAGAAGCCUAAGCAAGGCAUUCUCACAAUACACUGCAAUGAAAAGUAUAUACAACAGGAACUAGAUAAAAUAUUCAACCGGUCGAAAAUACUUCCCUUGGAGACGCUGUCAAUUAUUCCGAAGGUGGCUGUAAUUAGCAUAAAACUUGACAUUUCUGUAUUCCAUGACAAAGGCGGUAUAUUAGAGAUACUCACAGAAGGAAUAUACAAGACACUCAUGGGGAUUACUGUGGAGGAGGAGAUAUACCACCAGAACAAGCCACACAGAAUUUCCAAAAGCAUAAAGGACCUUGUGCAGUUCUAUCCUACGACUGUCUCCUGUGCGGUUGUAAAUGGAAACUGCCUAUACGACCCAACAGAGGAAGAGAGCCAGGCAGCAUCUGCAAGAAUGGUAAUAACCCACACAAAGAACAUUGGUGGGGAAACAAACAAAGACAGAACGGGAGAUAUCUUAUACUGGUCCUUCAGCGGGUCCAUGCGAUAUAGGGAUUUACAGAGUACGCUUAAGGAUGCUCUUUGUAUUAAAUAG